AUGGUGACCAAGAAGAAGGCACGAAAAAAUGAAGAUUUUAAAAAGGUGAAGCUAAAGAUCGGAAAAAAGCUCAAAAAGACGACCACCACUGACACAACUAUCAAAGGUAAGAAUUUCGUAAUUUUAGCUAAAACCCAGACGUUUUUUUCAGCGAAAAGAGUGGUUUUGGCUGCACAACUUGAGGAAAAAGUGGAAACCGACGAUAAUCCGUUGAGUUUUCGCGGUCUGACAUUGGAGGAGCUGUGCAAGCAAAUGGGACAUUUUAAUGCGGUUAGAAUUCUUAAAAAUGACUGAAAUCCUUCAAAAUUUAAAGAAAAACCUAUGAAAACUCAAAAAUCUGAACAUUUUUUGCAGAAAGUGAAAAUGAACGCGAUCCAGGGCCUGAAACAGAUCCUGACGUCGCGCCCGGACCUCGUCAACCUCCACCUGCGUCUUCUGAUUCCGUGCGUCGCCGUGCACGUCUCCGAUGCUUCCCUCGAGAAGCCGUCCCGCCAGAAUCUGCUCAAUUUGUAUCGUAUUCUGUGCACCGCCUCCGUUCCGGCCAUGUCCGCCCACAUUACCCUCUUUCUGGCUCACGUACUCCGAGCACUCACUCAUAUUGUCGUUGAGUAGGUUAUUUUUGAUUUGGAACUUUAAAAGUGUUGUAAGAAGAUGUUCUCUCUGCAGAGUGCGUUCGCUGGCGCUUCAAACGCUGUCGAUUCUUCUGGAAAGGUACCCGUCCCUGUGCCGAAACCACGCGGAUCUCUUUCCCUGUUUCAUCAAUUAUCUGGCGAGUUCGAAGCGGUUGGCGUGGAACAGACCGGGUCUCAUCGACACGAUUAUCUAUUUUAUUAAUGUUAAUUUGACCAAAAUUUCCCACAAAAAUCCUGAUCAUUUCCAGGUUUACGACAGGAAUCGAGAGCGAAAAGUGGACGUUUCGGAGGUCAAAAUCGAUUUUGAGCACGCCAAAAUCGACGGAAAUCCGAACUUGAAAACUGUUUUUCGACAGGUUUGUCUCUCAAAUUCCAGACUUUUCCGAAAGUUUAUACUUUUUUGCAGAAUCCAGAAGCGUCUCCGUUCGAUUUUCCGGUCGUCAUUUCUUCGAAGUCGCAGGCCGUUUCUCCGUUCGAACUUCCCGCCGCUCUCCUCAAUUUGGCCGGCGUUUUGGCUCCGAUUAUUUGUGAGUUUCCGAAAAAAUCUGGAAUUUGUUCACCUUAUUUUGCAGCCAACAUCGUCUUGGAAGACGUGAGCGGUCAAUUCAUGGCACAGGGAGUCAAACUGAUCGAAUUGAUUGUGAAAGGCGCCGAAAAUCAGCCGAACGACUUUCUGCUCAAGGAUUUUAGGGUAGGUUUCUAAAAAUUUCGUAAAAAUCGUGAAAAACGUCGCCGAUUUACGAUUUACCACAAAAAGAGCGGAAAAGUGCUGAAAUCGGCAAGUCUCAGCAAACUUGCACUUCCCCUGGAAAAUUUCGAAAAUUUUUGAAAAUAGUUGUGAAAUAGUUCGUGUUCAUUAAAAAAUGUUUGAAAUGUUCAGAAGCAAGUGUUCGAUUCGAUGGCCUCGGUGCGAAUUGCGAUUUCGAAGCGUCAGGGAAAGAGCGAGAAGUUCAGGAGUGCGGCCGCGUGGCUCGUUUCGACGCAACAAUGA